CGGAGCUGCUGAGAGGUGCAGGACAGCACACAUUUCCUUCAUUCAUUUCAUUACCGUGAAUGGGAAAGCUUUUAUAAAAGUCCCGCCGCAGCCUAGCAGGGUUCAGUCCGGGAGAAAAGCUGCGCCUGGUUGUGUCUUUGUAAGCGGACUGAGGCAGCUAGCCGGCGCUCCUCCGCGACCAUGGCAGCGGCGGCAGCAGCCGUGGAGGCUGAUCCGGCGGCGGGCGAUGGUGGCGCCGCUUUCCCCGGCAUCCACAACAUGAGCUGGGACGAGUCUCAGCUCCGGAAAUAUUCUUUUCCAACGCAUCCCAUUCCCAGACUGUCUCACACGGACCCCAGAGCAGAGAUGCUCAUAAAUAAUGAGGAACCAGUGGUUUUAACUGACACAAACCUUGUGUAUCCAGCUCUCAAGUGGGACAUUGCAUACCUCCAGGAGAACAUUGGAAAUGGAGACUUCUCUGUUUACACUGCAGAAAACCACAAAUUCCUUUACUAUGAUGAGAAAAAAAUGGCUAAUUUUAAGAACUUUGUCCCCAAGUCGCAGCGGAUGGAAAUGAAAUUCUCAGAAUUUGUGGAUAAAAUGCAUAUAACGGAGCAAAUGGGAGGAGAUGAGAGGGUAUACCUGCAGCAGACCCUGAAUGACACAGUAGGGAAGAAGAUCGUUGUUGACUUCCUUGGUUUCAACUGGAACUGGAUCAACAAGCAGCAAGCCAAGAGAAACUGGGGACAGCUAACAUCCAACCUGCUGCUCAUAGGCAUGGAGGGCAAUGUGACACCAGCACAUUACGACGAGCAGCAGAACUUCUUUGCACAGAUUAAAGGUCAUAAGAGAUGCAUCCUCUUCCCUCCAGACCAGUUUGAGUGUCUCUAUCCUUACCCUGUGCACCACCCCUGUGACAGACAGAGCCAAGUUGAUUUUGAUAACCCUGAUUAUGAGAAGUUUCCCAAUUUUAGAAAUGUUGUUGGACAUGAGGCUGUUGUGGGCCCAGGAGAUGUGCUCUACAUCCCAAUGUAUUGGUGGCAUCACAUUGAAUCACUGUUAAAUGGUGGAGUGACGAUUACUGUAAACUUCUGGUACAAAGGUGCCUCCACGCCCAAGAGGAUAGAGUACCCGCUGCGAGCCCAUCAGAAGGUGGCCAUCAUGAGGAAUAUUGAGAAAAUGCUGGGAGAAGCACUUGGAGACCCACAUGAGGUUGGACCUUUACUGAAAACAAUGAUCAAGGGACGGUAUGAACAGGAUCACAGUUAGAGCUCCAGUCUUAAAACUGUUAACUAGAGUGCUUCGGUAACUGUUUGCUUUGUGGAAGUGAGACUGCUGCGUGUCAUGCAGAUUCUGACUUUGGAGCUACGUAUUGCUGCACGGCAAUAAGUGGCUACCUUGAACCCAUUCAGUCGCCUCCGAGUGCCAUAGUUAUCGCAAAUAUAUCAGACACAGAGGAAACAUCUUACUAACUCAUGGGAAUUCAUCCUACUUGAAGAAGUCUUUUUUUCUUUCUUUUGUCUUUAAAUUGAAGCCUUAUUUGGCUCGAUAUAUUUAUGUAUAUCAGUGUUUUAUCAGCACUCAGUCCGAAAAAGUCGUCUGAGAUCGGUACAUUUGAAACAACCUCAAUAUUUUGACCACUAAUGGAUGAGUCAAGGGGUAUUAUAUACACAGUACACAUCAGUUAAAGGCAGGACAUUUCUUAUAUACAUGGAAUACCACAGAAAUGGGUUUAAUACUAAAUGUGGGGUGAUCAUAUUGUAUUAUCCAUCUUCAUCACAAAGACAGCUUUAAAACUGAUUUGGUUCAAGCCUCUAAAGAUGAACUUUCUUUUCAGUGUUUUUAAAAUAUUUAUCCACAUAAUCUGCUUUAUCUCCACACCCGUAUACAUGGCUUUGAGGAGUGAUCAGCAAGAAUUUCUACUGCAAAAAAGACAGCAAACGCAAGGCAAUAAAACACAGAAGUACAGUGAUUAAAAGCUGUGAUGAAAUAUAAUCAAAAGAUGAGUGGGUGAAGAAAAAAAAGGGGUGGGGGUUCACAUAUUCGUCUGAAGGAAUAUGUGACUGCUCGCGGCUAAGUUGACUUAGCUGAGCGACGCUGCUCUGUGUUUAUUUAUGCUUUUUGCUUGUUUGACUU